GUGCAAGGGAAUUAAUAAUUCCUAUUUCAGGAGAGGACACAAUUGCUACUCAUGACAAGACAACAAGUGACUACGCUACCGUCCACCCAACCCUAGAGCCACUCCAUGGUGGAAAUAGGUCUCCAGAGGUGAUAGUCGGUGGCAUUGACUAUGAAGAGCCAGGACCAAAUCCGAGGAACCACCCUCAAUGCCCACCACAUUGUACGCCACCAUAUUGUACCCCCCGAUGCCCACCACCUCAUGGAUACAAGUCUUCAAUGGUGACAAAAGAUGCUGGAGCUGACUCUGUUGCACAAAAAGAAUAAACUUGGGGAUGAUUGACCACCUUCUAUAAUGCUACAUUAUGUAGCUUAUGAAUAAAUGAAAUGUGGUAGCACCACUUAGCUUACAAAUAAAUAAUAAAUGGUUCCUUUUAGAUAAA